ACCCCGAUAAAAGAUGGAAAUUACGGCUACGUGGAUACACGUUCUCUGGUUGCUAAAGUUGUACGAAUUUCUCCUUACAGUUGGACCAGCUAUCCAUGUUUGAGGGUGGAAUUCGUUGGCUGCCCAGCGCAAGGUGAAUAGUUGUUCAACUUGCAAUAUUGCACAAUCAACUAACUAGUCGUCAUGCAUCCAUUUUGCGAAAGUCUACAAUGCAUCCUUCCUUAACUCUUCCCUCCUCUCUCGUUUGGCGUCUUGAGAAAUUCGUUACCCGACCUAGGACAUGUCAGAGACCUCCCACCUGUGACUUCAUAAUCAGGGGCGAAACUAUAGCCCCUUUUAAUUAGGGGGUGUCUGCUAGAAUUGCCCUGCGAAAGCCGAUGAUGCCCUGCAGCAAAAAAAAAUUUUUGGCCACUACAGUAAAGUCUCGAAAGUAAACGCCCCCUCGAAAGUAAGCGCCCCUCGAAAGUAAGCGCCUUUUUCAACACUUGCUAGAGAAUCUGGAAAGUAAGCACCCCCUCGAAAGUAAGCGCCCCCUCGAAAGUAAGCGCCCCCACCCACCCCCGAAUAAGGUUUUGUAAAGUUGUAAAACAUAGGGUAUAUAUAAAAGAAACUCUCUAAACCAUAUGUAUAUCAUAUAUACUCUAUAGCAUGGAUUUAAAAAUGGCCGAUGCUGAAAAUAACAACUCGAAAGUAGGCGCCCUUCGAAAGUAAACGCCCCCUGAAAAGUAAGCGCCCCUUGAGGCAACUAAUUUCGAAAGUAAGCAGGGCGCUUACUUUCGAGACUCUACGGUAUUUCUCCCAAAAAUGUUGGCGCGGGGGGGGUCCAAAAAAUAUUUUCCGGACAUUCAAAAAAAGGGGCGAAAACAUUUUUCCGGACAUAAACCAAUUAAAUGAAGGGUCAAAAAAUUUUUUCGCACAAAUUCCUGUUAAAACAUGCAUGAAACCCUUAUUUUUUUUACCAAUAUCUGUAAAAUUUAUGUCGUCUAUAAAUUUUAUUCAAUUCCCUCUGGAAGCCCUGGAAGCUACUUAAUAACUCUACAUUCUAUCAUUUAAAAUAUUUCAUUGCCCUGCCAAUCCAAAUGAUUUGCCCUGCCAAACCAGAUGAUUUGUACUUUGGGGGGUGUCACACCCAGUGGUCACACCCCCGGCCACAAGUUUCGCCCCUGUUCAUAAUUAUAUGAUUUCGAAAAGACCAUGUGUUUCCUAUAAGCAUACAGUACCUUAAUAACACGGAAGCGGGAUGAUCAGAAUAUACAGACUAGGUAUUUGGAACUUCAAGAGGUUGCUAGAAGCACUGGGAUGAGAUUUGUGACGUACUGAUUGAAAUGCUGUAGUUUUAAUACCUUUAUUAAGGUUUUGAAGACAGUUUAUAAUGAUCAAUAUUUUCGUGUGAGUCGUUUACAUGCGAACUCCAUGCGCAUGCAAGUAAUAGUUGAAUGAAAACAAUUUUUGCGGGAAAAAUCGCUUAGCAAUAAAGAUCUAACGUGCAAUUUAUUCAGAAAACAGGACUAUAUACAUUUUCGAAGUCAUGUAGGCGCUAGAUAUCCUAAAUCAUACUGUACAGGCGUCAGGCAUUCGGCAAAUUAUUGAAUCCCAGUCAGGAAAUUGUUUUCGUAGUCGGCAAAACCUGAAUUGGACAGGGAAGAAAAAAACUAAAAUAUAUGAGUUACACUGAUUAAAAAUAGUAUUUAUAGCAAAAUUUACGAAAAAAUAAAGGAAAAAUUAAUGAAUGACGGUACGUUAACCAGAAAGAAAUAUAUGUCCGGAAAACAUUUCCCCCCGGCUCGCCAACAAUUUUAGGAAAAUAAAUAUUAAUUAGUGGUUGAGAUGAGUCGGCAAAAUUGCACUAACACCUCUCCAUUAAAACAGGGCUACAGUAGCGACGCUUCUAUUAGGCGCUGAUCCAGGGGCGUAGGAACCGGGGGGGGCAGGCCCCCCAAGUUUUGCCAAGUGCCCUUUUUUUGCGUGAAAAAUUUUCAUUAAGAUUGCAUUUUGUGCCCAAAGGGCACUUUUGAAAACUUUCCGGAAAAAUUGUUUCAUUUCCAAGAAAAAUAUGAUAUAUCCGGAAAAUUUUUUGGUAUGUCCGGAAAAUUUUUUUUCGUAUUUAGGAAAAAAUGUCGUAUACAUAUAUUUGAGAUGACCUUCCCGCCCCCCGCCGCCAACAUUUCCGGGAAAAAUUUUUGGAUGCCCUUUUUUUUCAAAAAGUGCCCCUCAAAGCCCCCAACUUUUAGACGCUUCCUACGCCCCUGCGCUGAUCAUAAUAGUAACUGUAACUUAACUAUGCCUUUUUUAGAGUAAUAUUACCUGCAAGGGUAUCUUGCUAAUUUUGUGAUGGAUUGUGCAUGGAAAAUGUUGUUUAAGACAGUCUCAUCUGCAUAUAUAUGCAUUAUUGUUAUAUAGCAAAUGUCAAAGUUCAAUUCUCCUGUUUGCCGAUUGGUCAAAACCGUAUCACGUGCCGGUCCACAAAACGUCAUGUUCACUGCUUGCUUUGAUGAGUGGGCAACUGGUCAACAAUGAAACAAUUGUUGACCGGUCAACAAUAGAAGGGGUGCAGUGCGCAUGCGUCUCAACCGUGAAGUUCCAAAGUUCAUUUUAUUAAAGUUUUUUUAUAAAUUAAACAUUUACAGCAUUCCAUUUAUCUAGUUUUGGUUUCAAAGUUCACUCCAAUAACCGGUGAAUUAUUUCAUGAUACUUUGACAUUUAUAUAUUAUAUAACAAAACACUUAUUUACUAAGACCUCGGGCAACAACGGCGUUCGAGCCUCGAGGGGACACAAAACACACUCAUAAAUAAGUAAUAAUUAUUUGAGACAUAAAGGAAGAGACUUUGAUAUAGGAAGGCCUGUUUUCCACUAGGCGAAUUUAUUUCCUUUGACGGCAUUGCCUUUGCUGACGUGAUAAACGUACUUAAACCGGACUUAAACACGUAAGGGGUAACACGCGCACAUAAUAUUCCGUUGUCCCCUUGGUUCAUCUCGCAUAAUUAGAUGGACAUGAAUAUCCAAAUGAUUAAUUUACAAUCACUUUUAAUGGACUGGUAACCAGAUUCAAAAUAAUAAAAUAUUUAGAAAGCUUAAUUAAGAUUGCGGAAAAUUCUCGUGUUAAAAUGAAUAACGAAUUUCAGGCCCGCCAUUAUUUAAUUCGUUGUGUGCGAAAACAACAAUACCAGAAGCAACCAAGCAACCUGGGUACGACCAUCUAUAGAGUUCACUGGGUUGUACCAGAAGGAAGAACCAACAUUCAGUACUACAAUUCUUUGAACUUUAAAACAUUUUCUAACGCACGAAAUUAGCAAUGCCGCCAAUGCGAUUGUGUGCAGUAUAUCAAUAUUUCUAUUAAUAUUUAAUAUUAUCUUAUUCAGCUCCUACGUCGACAGAGUGCACAGGAAACAACUGGCAGAAAGGACCAGGAAAACUUUGCUUUCAAAUCAACAGCGUUCCCAAAACAUGGACAGGUAUAAACGUUUACAUAUAUUGUUGAUGUAUAAUGUAACAUCUGUUGCCAAUAUCGUGUGGAAAAAUUAACGCUUAUUGACUGGUACCGAGGGAAACAGUAUGUUUUCUGGACGCGAGGAUACAAGUAUUUUAUUAUAUACCAAGUUUCAAAUAACCAAAAAGAAACCGAAAACUUCUAUAAUUUUUGCUCUAUAACUCGACGAUUUUAUUAUUCACCUGGAAAUAAAAGUAAUGUCCACCGUUCAGAGCUGUUGCCAAACUGUUGAAUUUCGUGACUGUCGUCACGAGACACGCUCUUGUCCAAUGAGGUGCAAGGAAACAUGAACUUUGCCACUUGGUAUAACGAUACCUUUUGUCUGCUCUAAAUGUUACAAUACUAAAAUAUAUCUCACUUCAACGAAGAAAUUUAUUUCUUUCGCUGCAUAAGAAGAAUACUUUUAUGCUUACUGCAACAUGGUAUAUCACAGGAAUAAUAUAUCGUUAUUUCGAACAUGAUCCAACACUGUGGCGCAAUUUACUAACCUACUUUAAAGCCUAGUAGGUAAUUGUUCUCCUCCUGGCGGAUUAUUUCUUUGAAAACUUCAGUUUUUCAACAUCGGCUCCAGCUAUUUUACAGCUCAAAUCUCCGGCUCCAGCUGCGUUGGUUCACAACACAGAGGAUGAAGUCUAUAACCGGAUAAUGGCGGAUAUUAUGCAGCUAUCAAAGCAUGACGCUUGCGAUGCGCAACUUCUCUAGUCAUAGAUAUAGAUAGAUCACAGACAUGUAAAGACUUAUUGCAAUUUGGCUGCUUGCAGUAGACCGCAACAGAUAUGAUGACUUCAGAUUAUAAGUAUACUUCAACAAAUUCAAUGUCGCCAUUAUUUGCAAACAACGCUAUAAUUCUAAGUUACGAAAUUGUCACAUUUCUUAUUCUGACUUUCCAACUGGAGCUGGGAGAAAACACUGCAACUCCGGCCAGCUGACCAAAAAACGCCUUAAUUUGCUCUGGCAGAACUCCGGCCUCCGAUACUCUGGCGCACAGCACUUUGGCGGAUGUGACUGAAUGCGUGACAUGCAAAAUAUUUAGAAAUGUAUACUUCCGAAAAGCAAUUCCAUACUUUUGGCUGCGAGUUCACUCAUUCGCAUCUGUCAGGUAGAGAACAUCGGCGACAAAAUCGCUAGUGUAAACAAGGCUGCCAUAGGAUGCAUGCUAUCGAGAAUAGCGCAUUGUUUAUAACCUAAAAUAGACAAUUCAUUCAUGACAGGGGCGGCGGAACGGAUUUCAGUUUGGGGGGGCUAAUUUUUUUUUCUGUGACCCCCCCUCGCCAAAAAAAUUUCGGUCAGUGUACCAUUUCAGGGGUUGAAAAAUUUUUACGGACAUAUACAAGAAAAGGGCUGAAAAAAUUUUCCGGACACACUCGAUUUUUAAACAAAAUAUCCCAAAUUUUUCCCAUUAUACCCAAAUUUUCCAAAAAUAACCUACAUUUUUCCUUAAUUAUCAAAAUUUUUCCAGAGAAAACAAAAUUUUCUCGGGGGGGGGGGCUUAGCCCCCCCACUUUUACUUCUGGGGGGGCUUUAGCCCCCCUAGCCCCCCCUGUUCCGCCGCCACUGAUUCAUGAGGAUAUUCACCAACUAUAUUGUCACACCACUAUAUGUUUAUUAUCGAAACUUCCAUUAUUGGAGGCUUAGCCCCCCCACUUUUACUUCUGGGGGGGCUUUAGCCCCCCUAGCCCCCCCUGUUCCGCCGCCACUGAUUCAUGAGGAUAUUCACCAACUAUAUUGUCACACCACUAUAUGUUUAUCACUUUGUUAAGUAAUACUUGGAAUCAUUUCAAUCCUCCAAUUUAGUGACAAAUUACAAGCUAGGUUCUCUCAAUUUCAUUUUAGAUGCGCGCUCCACGUGUUUGGAUCGAGGAGGGGAUUUACUGACAAUCACAACGGAGGAAGAAAAGAAGGCAAUAGCGGCAAAAAUUAAGUACUCGUCAAGUAUUUAUUACUGGAUUUCCCUAAAUGAUCGAGAUUAUCGAAACUUCCAUUAUUGGAGUAACAAUGACGCAGAUGGAGUGAUCAACUGGGGAUCUGGAGCUCCUGAUAAGAGUGGCUAUACUAGUAUGAAAAAUAUUUUGUUUUGUCGAUUCACUGAUUAGCCCAAAUGAGAGGCAAAAUAUGGCAACGAUUAGGAAAAUUUAUGGAAUGGACUAUUAUUUCGCUGGCAACAAAAGUAACAAAAACAAUUAUAAUAUCAAUAACAGAACAUUGUGUUGACAUGAGUGACGAUGACACCAGCGACAGCGAAGACAAGGACCGUUACGACUACCUAUACUCUUUAAUAGACUGCUUUAGCAAACAUCACAUGACGUCGACGAGAACGUGAAAAUGACGUGCAUGUGGGAUUUUACUUCGGUUUAAUCUAGGACGUCGUUUACGUUGCGUUUAGGACGGCAUUUAGGGUUUUUUCCACGUCCUCCUGAGAACGUCACAAAUUUAUGCAUGGUUUGAAAAAAAAAGGACAGUAUGCACCACAAAAACUAUCCUAUUUUGUUCCCCAUAUUUUCUUCUAUAUUUGUAGCUGAAUUUUGUUUUGAUUGAUAAGUUUGUGUUCUUAUAUUUCGCCGAAUUUUGGAUGCGUUGAUUUUUGGCAAGUACAUUUAACGCAACAAGAAAACAACAGGACUGCAAACAUUGUUGACCACUUCGAUACUGCCUCUAUUUCUGACCGAAAGACACAGUUUGUGUUCUUAUAUUUCGCCGAAUUUUGGAUGCGUUGAUUCUUGGCAAGUACAUUUAACGCCAUAACAAAACAACAGGACUGCAACUACUACUACUACUACUACUACUACUACUACUACUACUACUACUACUACUACUACUACUACUACUACUACUACUACUACUACUAACACUAACACCGCGGAGAAACGUCUGCGCAUGCACCAAAUUAUGAAAAUAUGGCGGGGAAUUUGAAUAUCAAUUUCUAAAACAAAAACAUGCUUAUAUAAUUCAUGUAAAAAAUUGUUGAUUUUAACGGACACGACUUCGAAAAUUUUUGCAAAAUUAUUCAAAACAAAAAUUCAAACUCAAAAGUUAAGAAAACUCUCGAAAAGUUAAGCUUCCUAACCCACUCAAAUUGCAGAAUUAAAGUUUAAAAGUUAAAAAGUUUAAAUAAAGUUUAAAUUAUUGUGAACACGAAAAUUUUUUAUAUUUGGCGACACAGUUUUUUUUAAAGAAAUGUAUCUCAAACGAAAAUUUGGAAAUUGUCGUUGCUUAGUUGAUAAACAAAAUGUUUCAGAGAAUAAAUUUGUCAACAAUCACCUUUAGUUCAUGUUCUUGUACAAUACAAUUUCUUGAACCUUCUGGCUGUAUUUAUUCCUAGUUUUUAGAAUGACAUGUUCAUUUUUGCGCUCGAAAUCUGGCUGUAAAGAGGCACAAUGAAGUCACUCCUUUUUACCGCCAUUUUGAGCCUUCGGAAACGUUCGGAACAGCUUCUCAUCAAGUUCGCAAUACUAUUACAGGUAAGGUUGACGCAUGCGCAGACGUUUUUCCGCGAUAGUAUACUACUAUACUACUACUACUACUACUACUACUACUACUACUACUACUACUACUAUACUACUAUACUACUACUACUACUACUACUACUACUAUACUACACUACUACUACUACUACUAUACUACUACUACUACUACUACUACUACUACUACUAUACUACUACUACUAUACUACUACUACUACUACUACUACUACUACUACUACUACUACUAUACUACUACUACUACUACUACUACUACUACUACUAUACUACUACUACUACUACUACUACUACUACUACUACUACUACUACUACUACUACUACUACUACUACUACUACUACUACUACUACUACUACUACUACUACUACUACUACUACUACUACGACGACGACGAUGUCGUCGAUUGCCAAAAAAGGAAAACGAUUCUCGACCGUUAAUAUUGGCCGUUUACUAUGGAGUCCCAAACAACAGUGCAAAAAUUUGUUGCAUUGUCCGCAUUGACCUCACCUCACCUGAACUAUUUUGUUAAGCGGAACUACUACAGGCAGUUUGCUUUGCCCACAAGGCGUUUUUUUAAGAGUUCUUUAGUUGGGAAUGGGGCAUCAAGGAAAUGACAUCUAAAUACAGGGUUGAAACAUUUCAUUCUAUGAAUCAUUCAUAAAACACUCUUGAAACAAGUCUUUCCUUUUCUUGUCAGUAUUCUACACAAGAGCAACCUUAACGGGGUAAAUUUGUUUACUCGAAAAGCCAACAUAAGUUCUGGGCCUUGCUCUCCCAGCCUAUGUGUUAAAAAGGCCCUAUUUACCCAGCUCAUUUAUAUAGCUCCACAAAAUGGUAAUUUUCUUAUACAGAAUAUUGCUCCGUUGAGCUGGGAAAUGACCAGCAACGUUUACUUUUAAUAUAGAUACAAAAGGCUGUGUUAAGAUGAAGCGAAGCGGGUCUUGGAUAGAUUCCGAAUGCUCCAAUCGUUUUGGGUUUAUCUGCAUGAAAGGAGGUAAUUUGAAAAUUUUUGUUGAAUUUGAAGAGUUCGGUGAUUGGAUACCAAAAAUUUUAAAUAGAAGGAAAAGAAGGAUUUUAAUUAAAACCUAUAUGAACUGCUGUUCCUCAUUUCUCCAUUACCGUCAAUUUAAACUUGACAGACAACAACGCGUGUAAGAGUAGUCGCGACUUAAUAAAUUGAACGUGAAUCUCGAAAUAUUAAAAUAUAAUAUUUUAGUUUGGUUAAUUUUUAAAUUUUUCAAUAGUCUAGAACAAACAAACAAAAAAAUAAAUAAAUAAAUAACUUUUUUAUGGAAUAAUAGUUUUCGAGACUCGAAAGUAUUUCAGUCAUAAUAGUAAGAUUUUUUUGAUUUCCAGGAAAACCAGCUACCUUUUUGAAAAAUGACGCUUUAUAUGUACUAGAUAAAACAUGAGCAGCCGAUCUGUAUCUGAUAUACAAACUCGAGCCGAAGGCGAGAGUUUGUAUAUCAGAUACAGAUCGGAUGCGAUCGUACUUAAAAAAUCGGAUCGUACUUAAAAAAUGAUCCAUCUUAUGAGUUCAUUGGCGAAGUAAUUUUAAAAAUAAACAUUGUCUAAGACGAGAAAAUCAAAGCUGAAGUUUAUGUAUAUCAGGACAAAUCUUUAUCCGAUUUACAAACAUGGAUUAAACAAUCAUUUCUUUUGUAUUUUCCUCGUGUGAUAUUAAUGAAUUUUUUAACUAUAUAUACUGUUGUAUUUAAAUCUAUACAUUAUCAGAAAUCAAUUUUGAUUGAUAAUAUAUGUAAGAACUAAGAAGUAUUUGUAUAAAUGGAGUAUAUGUUGUAGACUACAUUCUAGUAGCCUUAUUCGAACGCGAAAUCUAGACAAGUAAUCACUUUUUACAAUUUUUAACGGAUCUUCCAAAUAUAAAGAAGAAAAUUUGUGCCGUGCGUAUCAUUCAUUUUUAUCAUUUUUAUUUAUUAGUUUACGGAUUUGACCAUAGGCUGCCCAAAAGUGCGUGUUGAAAUUUUUACCCUCGCGCGUGGCGCUCGGGCAUGCAUCGAGUCUACACAGUUUAUUAUUAUGACAUAAUAAUAAUAAUAAUAAAGUCAUAGUAAUAAACUGUGUAGACUCGAUGCAUGCCCGAGCGCCACGCGCGAGGGUAAAAAUUUCAACACGCACUUUUGGGCAGCCUAUGAUUUGACUUAAAAAAAAACCCAGGUCAGUAGGUCGGAAAAAAUAGUUUUAAAAACACACUGAGAGAGAACAAAAUUUAAUAAUCUCUUUUCAUUUCUUAUCCUUAACUCAAAAAACGAAAGAAAAACAUAGCUAAUCUCCAUAUUGAUUGUCACUACGAUAACAUGAGCCAGCAGUACUUAAAGUCAAAGUUUACUUGGCCUGUACUUCAUGUUAGAACCCCAAUUUAACUAAAAUUAACUAAAGUUGUAAAAGUGUUGACAUCCAAAUUUUUUUAUUUUUUUACUUUCUGAAUAUUUACGGUCGGCGGAUCCGUAAGCCAAUGAAUAAAAAAAGUCUCGCCUGGCUGUAUGAAUGAUUUUUUACUUUUUUUAUGUAGAGCAUUAUACUGAAACAAAUUUUGUCCACGCUGGUCCAACUGGAGGUAUGUAUAUAUUGCGUAGUAUUAUCUAUACUCUCAGAAAGCUGGAUAUAUAAUAAUAUGUUAAUGAAGGAUUUUUUGAAGAUGUAAAUUGCGAAGUUUAUAAUUGCUGCGUUGCGUGAAUUUGUAGGAGACUAGUGUUUAUAUGGAAGCCGUGCUGGCCCGCUUAGCGAGGAGUAAUCUCCGAAAUACCCUUCAGCAUUUAGUUAUAUCGAGUUAGAUCCCCCAAAAUCCUGAUAUUCACUCGCAUACCUUACGCUGGCACUAGACACUGGCACUAGUGGUGUCAGAACAGGUUUUAUUUUAGGGGAGCUAUAAUUUUCCCCUAAGUUGGGUACCGUAAUUUUCAAUUAAGCCAGUGCAAGCACGCAAAACAUGAUCCAACUGUCACAGCAGUAGCGUAGGCCUCAGCGUAUAAGAAGAUGUUUAAAGUUAAGGAGGCCAGUGGCAUACUUCUCCAGAAAAAUUGAUGCUCGGAGGGGCCAUUUUUGGCAAUUUCUGGCACCGAAUUGAAGAAUUUAGAUGGCAAGAACAUACACUGUCACUCCGUCACUGUAAAAAAAUGCUUCAUAAUUGUUGUUUUUUUCAGUUUGGAUAUCUAUAGUGGGAGCUAAAAUCACCAGCAAAUUUGCAUAUUUAAUAAUUUAAUAUUCACGCUUUCUAAACAAAUACUUUCUAAAUACGAUUUAAUUCAUUUUGGGGGGGGGGGGUUAUAGAAGGCUGUUCAUACGCCCCUGACCGACAUUUCUAUUGUUCUCAAUAGGGUUUUAUUUCGGUAAGAAUAAAAGCAAGGGGAAAAUCCUGAUGGUUGGUUAUUUGGCUGCUCUAACUCUCCUUCCCCAAACAGAAUAUCGUGAAAGAAAUCUAUACAUUUUCAUCUGAUUCCGAUUGCUUGAAAACAUUUUGCGUUACAUAGCCAUACUAAUAGUUCGUCGCUACAUAGCCAUACUAAUAGGAGUUCAUAAUUUAAACUCAUUCACGGCUUGAUUUGGCAUGAUAUAAUAAUUAUACAAUGCUUUCAUAAAAUGGUUUGAAUCUCAGUUUUAUAUAAACCCAUGGUAACAAACUCUAUUGUUUUCAAAUAUGUAUUACUAUAUUGUUAAGUUUAAUAUAGGUUCUUUCUAUAAUAUAAACGUGGAAUAACAAUAACAUGGCGUCCAUGAAAAGGCGCGAAAACUGUCAAUACUUCAUGUUAUGAGUGUAUAAUGUUUGUCUACUUAUUUUGUCUUAGGGACGGACAUUAGAUUUGAGAGGGGGGGUUGGGCAAUUUUUUUGUGCAUGAAUUUUUUUUCAUCCCUCAUCUGUUGGCAAGAUUUUUUUCUAUAACAUUCCUUUGCACGAUAUUUUUUAAAGAUACCCUAAAAAAUUUUUCCCGGAAAGUUCGUCGCCGGGGGGGGGGGACAAACAUUUUCCGAUUGUCGUAAAAGACCAUUUUAGUGUUUUAAUGUUUUAAAUCAAUUGUAUUACGAUUUUAAAAUUCAGUUCUUGCUCGAUUUUUUUUCAAUAGGUUUGUUGUGCUGGAUGUUUUUCCUGGAUGUUUUGAAAACGUUUUCUGUGCUCGAAUUUUUUUUUGGUAUUUGCCUACCCCCCCCCUACCCCCUCAAAUAUCUAAUGGUCCGUCCCUUAGUUCAAUAUAUUUUAUCUUAAUUGUUGUUGGUGAACGAGUGAAUAGAAAACAAAAGAAUUGAUGCAUAUCAAAUGCAAAAGCCCAGGGUUUGCUUUUAUUACAAUCAUGGUAAUUCAAACUAAUUUUAAAAACGAUACAUAUUAUAAAGUAAAUUUCAUGGUGUGUCAGUCCUUACAAAUUUUAACUAAGUGAGUUCAUUACCUUGAACGUUAGUUUCAUAGCAAGAUACAUUCCUCGGAAGCGUGACCCUCACCUAAGGUUUCCUCGGGGCACGCCCCUCGGGUUGUAUUGCGCUGAGAAACCUUGUUCUCGGUAAUUAACUGUUAUGUAUACCUAAAAAUUAGUAAUAACAUAGCUAAUAUGUCUAAGGGAGGUGAGAAAACUUAUUCUUAACUAAAAAUGAAUUUUAAUGUUAAAUAUAAAACAACGCAAAAACGCUCACCAUUCAAAGGACACAUUUUGGUAUAAUUUUAUAGUAACUGAUUUAUUAAGAAUAGAACCUUUGCAACAAAUUAAAUGUUGGAGGGGGGUCCUAAAUUUUCUAGAUGAAGGUGGGGGCAUCUUGAAAGACUAAGUAAAGGUCUUUCGAUUGGGGGCGGCUCUAAAAAUGUUCAAUAUUUGGUAUUUUUCACACACACCCCCCCCCCUUCCCGUUAUUAAUGACCGGUCCCUAACUACUGUAUAUAAUCUUGAGUAUCUUGAACGGUCUGUGCCAGUGCAUAGGUAGUGCAUGUCACGUGAAAAAUACAAGGAGAACGUCGAUGUUUCGAGCGAAGGCCCUUCGUCGGGAAGUUUAUAUGGUAGCCUUCCGACGAAAAUUAACUAAUUUGCCGACGAAUAAGGGCCUUCAUUCGAAACGUUGAAGUUCUACUUCAAUAUAUCCAUAGUCUUUCAAAACAUGGUUUGGAAACUCCGCUAAAGUCUUUGUUCUAUCUUUUUGUUCGCGUUUAUGCAGUUUUGUGCACGCGGUGCACGGUCAAUGAACGCAUUGUAUUUCAGUAUAAUGAACGAAUCAUCCAAUAGCAACGUUUCAGUUCAGUCAUUCAACCAUGCUAUUUAAAUAUUAAUAAACCUAAAACAAAGGAUGUGCACGGUGCAAGGUACGGCUCAACAUAAAAUCCUAGCUCAUUAUAACCGCUUUGAAGUUUACCGAGUUUCCAGACCAUGUCUCGAAAGACUAUGAUAUAUCCGAUUAACCAAUGUAUACCUUUUUAGUAUGGAUGAGCAGUGCAAAAUACUACUGGCCCUUGUCUUCCAUUGACAACAACACUGUUCUUGGUACAAAGAUUGGUACAAUAAAUGGUAAAGUAACACCAACAUCAGGAGUGAGAGGAACGCCAAACACAGCGCUACAAUUUUCUAGUGAGGGUUCAUAUAUCGACGUUGGGAAGUUUGAGAAAGAAUGUUUUGGAAAUCCUGAUUAUUGCUUUGGCUUAAGUUUGUCAUUUAUGGCUUGGUUUGAUAAGACUGCAAUUAGUUCGUCCAAACGAGUAUAUAUCCUGGAUUCAGUGGAAGAUGAAACUAAAUAUAAGGGAAUGAGUGUUUUUAUUCAAAGUAAUAACCUCUGGUUUGUGGUAUCUAAGACAGCCAGAUAUGUGAAUACAUUUGUGCCAAUAGUCGAUAACGAAUGGCGUCAUUACGUGAUGAGGUACAACGAUUCUGCUAGCAUCAGUGUUUCCGUAAAUGGUCAAGAUAUUCCAGCAAAACCAAGGUAAUCAUUUCAGAUCUUUUUCUCAAACCAAUGAUCCUAAAUACUAGGAAAAAAAUGUGAAAUCCAUACUAUGAAAUUUGCAAUUGCACCACUAUGAAAUCCAUAGUAUAUGAAAUCCAUAUAGUAUAUUACUAAGCCGAGUAAAUUAAUAACUUUUCGGCUAACGUAUUGUAUGAAAAAAAAAUUUAUUUCUUAUAGAUCUGUUUAGUAUAUAAAAACAUAUGAUAUACAGUUAAUUAAAAGGUUGUCCUUUCCGAGUCAAAACUGGAAAGCACAAUGAAGAUGCACACGUUGAUGAAGAUGCACACAUGAUGCACAUCAUAUUUCCGAUACUUUGCAGUUACGGUUGCCAUGCUGCUCACCCCAAAAUGAAUUGGAACCGAAGCUAGAGUGGUUGUACAACUUGCCACCGCAAUUUCUCAAACUCAAAUUUUGUAAACCAGGGGGGGGUGUCUUUUCCAACAAACUAAAAAUGGCUUGCGCACAAGAUUUAAAAGCUUGAAUCGUAUUUUGAGUUAAAAAUGGAUGAAAAAUGUAUUGGGUGAUUAAUUGCUGCACGACAAUUUGCUUCAGUUUAAGCCCUUUAACUAUUCAGCAAACUUACAUUUUCCCCUAAAAAUCAGCCUUUUGCAUGCUUAAUUAAUGCCUUUGCCUAAUUUGCAUAUGUCAGCAAUAUGCAAAUUAGGUAAAAGCAUUAAUUAAUUAAGCACUAAAGCAAAAUUGUCUGAAAUUUUGUCAGCAGUUAAAAACCUACACAUUUUCCACCCAUUAACCCAAAAUACGAUUAAGGCUUUUAAAUUUCGUGCCCAAGCCAUUUUUAGUUUGUUGGAGAAGAUACACUCCCCUGGUUUACACAAUUUGAGUAUGAGUAUUUUUUUAUUAUUCUACAUUAUUCAUUAUUCUACAUUAUUCUAUAUGUAACAAAAACUUGAUACCACGACUCCACGAGCUGUUUUGCGAAAUUGAGAGCGAUUUCAAAUCUGUUGUUCCAGCACGAUUUUCGGUUCUGAAACGGGCCCGAUUCGCAGGCAAACAGUGCACGCAAAGCAGGCUGGUCAUUUCCCAUUGUUUAAAUGCCCCACACUCAAGUAACCACAAAGAGUAAAAAAUGCGCUGCUUAAAUGUUUACGGUCGGAAACGUGGGUGUGGGCAAAAAUAAACAAUUUGUCUUAAUUAUAACAAUAAAUCGACACAACAACAAAUAAUUGUAUUUCUUCAGUGAAAAUACUGCAUGACAAUCUCAACUAGUGACUGUAAGCAAUGUUUUCCACCAUUAUGGACCGCUGGAUAAUUUGUGUGUAAUUUAUAUAAAUUAUAUACAAAUUGUAUACCACACCGACCGAAAACGAGUCGCUUUUUUCUUAAGAAAAUAAGAACCUAUGUUUAAGAAACUUGGAAAAAUCUAGAUUCUUAUUUCAGUCUUUAUUUUAGAACACCGCAUGGUCCAAGCAAUGACAAAUCAAUAAAGAGUUUUAAAAUUGGGCUUCACCAAGGCUCCGGUGCUAAAUCUGGUCUAGUGAAACUAGCCAUGGUUGCUUUCUGGGAUAAGAUGUUAUCGAAUUACGAUAUUUCUUCAAUUUACAAAGCAGGUGAGUACUGUUUAUUUGAUCAACCGAAUUGAUCAAUUUCAUCAGUUUUUCGCAAUUACUCACCCGUAGCUAGCAAACAUUAAUUGCCAUGAAUGCACGGAACUGGCGCUUUCUCGCGUUUCAAGCUUCGUCACGACUAUUGCCAAUAUAUUAGCCUACUGGUAAUGGCCGUCGAGUGAUUUAGUUCUUUUCUUCAUUUGCUCUAUUUAGAGUUUGGAUCUUGCCAAUCUAGUUGGAUGGAAUAUGGAAUGUCAUGCUACCAGAUAAACAAGGACACAAAAUCACAUACUUAUGCAGCCAGCGCGUGCCAGCUCUCGGGAGGAGAUCUUAUUAAUAUCGAUACCAAUGUUGAGCAAGCAUUUAUUUCAACUAAAAACAAAGCUCAGCCAUGGAUUGGUAAGUAUUUUGAAAUUUGAAAAGCUACUGUACCUCGUUGUUGUAAUUAAUUAAUAACUAAAGAGAAUUUCUUGAAAAAUAGCAGAGGAGCAGCGUACUGGAACAACAUCCCAAUAAACUUGUUGAAAAUCUUGGCUUAUAGACGACAUUUAUUUCUAAAAUUACUUCGCCAAUGAACUCUUUAGAUGGGUCGUUCUUUAAAACACUCGCAGUCCGUGCUUUAUCAGAUAUAGAACACUCGAACACACCCAAAAUGAAUUGUCUCCUUUUUGUCACAACACUUUCUAAUAUAAUUUAAUUGAUCUUAUGUUGAAUAAUCAAACUUGAGAAUCAUACCUGAUAAUAGGUAAUUUUAAGACAUAUACAAUUUAAUUAAACUACUCUGCUAUUAUUUUAAUAUUUUUAAUAUUUUAAUAUCAUAUAUCUACAAAACCAAAAACUGAAGUAGCGAUUAUAUAUAUAUAUACAGGGUGUAUCAAAAAAAGUAUUUUGAAAUUGCUCUCAAUUCCACAAUUCUGUUCAUGAAAUGUAUUUUUUUAUAUGUAUGGAUUGCUUGAGUUCUUAAAUUAUGGAAAAUAUAAAAAAGUUGAAAAUAUUAAAUUUUGCUAUCCAGGGGGGUGGUCAACUUUUGCUCUCCUAAAAGUGGCUUGCGCACGGAAAUGACAAACGGUAUUCUUUACUUGAGUUCAUGUAUGAAAAGUUCGCUAUUUGUUGCAUUUAUGAUAAAAUUUCGGCAGGAUUUUACCGAGUACAAAUCCUCCGAAAAGCCUAUGAAAACGUUACAUUUUUCUCUGUUGGUGCUGUUCUUGCUUCAUUAUGAAUUCAUUUUUACUCCCAUGAGACGUUCUGUGGAAUUUCCAUGGAAUUUGUGCUUUCGAGUUGUUUGUGCUGAAACGCAUUCUCUCGUAUAAUACCCCGUACACUUUGAAAUGGCGAUGCCACAAUUUACCCCGCAGCAGAGAGCUUUUAUGCAUGGUGCAGAGUUCCUCCGUAGCAACAACAUAAACUUGGUUCGCCAAAGUUUCACGAACGAAUAUCCAGAUGUACGAUGCCCUUCACGUAUUCGCACGUGAAGGCAUCGUACAUCUGGCAUAAUUCAAGAUCAGUAAACUCAAUGUUUUUAACAAUAAAAAUGUUUUAAAAUGUUAAAAACAUUAAGUUUGCUGAUCUUGAAUUAUGCUUAAUUGAUUUUCCUAGUUAGUUUUUUUUUCAAUUAAAAGGCCUGAAAUGCGCCUUAAAAACCAUCAUUCAAAAGGCUGAACUGUGCCUUUAAUGGUUGGAUCAACAAACGUUUUACUACGAAAAACGUUUCUCUUGUGACCGGUCCCUAAUGAAAAGAAAAAUUGGUGAGAAAAAACGCAAAGUUGAUCGCAAAUUGACCAUAAAUUUGCGUAAUAGACUAAAUUUUGAUCUCAACAAAAAUUUCAUUACAGCUUGAAAGAGCAUCACAAAAUUAGUAAUAUUCCAAAGUUUCGUUGCAAAAUGUUGUAAAAUGCGGAAAAUAUAGUCUUGCGAAAUUUGCAAUUUUCAGUCAUUUUAGAUUACAAACCGGAAAUUGACAGUCUCGAAGGGUUUGGGGCAUCAAUUUCCCGUUUGUAAUCUAAAAUGACUGAAAAUUGCAAAUUUCGCAAGGCUAUAUUUUCCGCAUUUUACGACAUUUUGCAACGAAACUUUGGAAUAUUACUAAUUUUGUGAUGCUCCUUCAAGCUGUGAUGAAAUUUUUGUCUAGACUUGUUUAGUUCAAAAUUUAGUCUAUUACGCAAAUGGUCAAUUCACAUCAUGUAUAACUACUGCAUGUAGUUGAAUUGCUUGUUAUUUUGUUUAUUACAGGUCAUGGCAAAGAGCCUCAUUCACGCCGCAAAUUGUUACUUUUAUAAGAAUCACUGGAACGAAGAAUAGUGUUAAUGAGGUGAGCCUGACCAUCAGUGAUACCCACCUAUUAUUAUAUUAUCGACCUCUUGCACUAAAUGGACUCUGUAAUAUAGACAAUUCCCAUUAUAGACUAAUUUUAAAACUAGGCAAGGAGAUGCAAAUAAAUCACCACAGCUAGAAAGAGCAUACUAAAAUGAGUAAAAUUGUUGCGAAAUGUUGUAAAAUGCGGAAAAUAUAGCCUUGCAAAUUGUGUAUAUUCUUUUCCAUUGCGCGUGGAAAUUGCUACAACUUUCGGCCAAAAUGUGGUAAGGAAUGUGGUAGGAAUUUCCGCACGCAAUACAAAAGUAUACAAGAUUUGCGAACUUUGCAAGGCUGUAUUUUCCGCAUUUUACAACAUUUCGCAACCAAACUUUGCAAUUUUACUCAUUUUAGUAUGCUCUUUCUAGCUGUGGUGAUUUAUUUGCAUCUUCUUGUCUAGUUUUAAAAUGAGUCUAUAAUGGCAAUUGUCUAUUAUUAAAUGGACUCUGUAAAUAAAAAAAUGGAAACUGUAUAAUUAUUCUAUAAUGUUUUCCAGGUGUUCCACUGUGUUCAUUUCGAGUGCCCGGCUACCUCUUUGACAAGCACAGCACCGUCGCACAAUGCAAAUGUUGGAAAUGACAACAAUGAGCAGAAUAACACCAUAUCUGACUGA